CGCCCCAUCCUGACCCAAGCCUCCGAUCCACAAACUCAAACCCUGUUUGCGUGCGCUUAGUUCCCACGAUUAAGAAAAGGAAGUCGUGUAAUCGUAUACAUGUAGUUUUUCCAUUUUGGGACUUUAUUGACAGAUUUAAUAGCGUUUGUAAAGUUCUCAUCAGGUUGAACACUGAGGAUGCGCAACAGAAUGACGGAAUUUUCUACACGGAGAAGCAGCGCUUUGGAUGUUUUUGUGUGUUUGUGUUUGGCUUCUUUGGCUAAUUCCUUCAACAUUGACUUACAACAUCCCGCGGUGUUCCGAGGACCAGAUGCGACGUUUUUUGGAUAUUCGGUGCUGGAGCACGUCCAUGACAACACACGCUGGAUUGUGGUUGGGGCUCCCAGAGCAAACUCAUCAUUCAGCAGUUCGGUUCAAUCACCUGGAGCUGUAUACAAGUGCCGAAUCCGCAACAACCCAGAGCAACGCUGCACUGAGAUGGACCUCGGCAGAGGAAAUAAGCAAAGGGAGUCCUGCGGGAAGACGUGUCAAGGCGACAGGAAUGAUGAGUGGAUGGGGGUCAGUCUGGCUCGACAGGACAAACCUAACGGAAAAAUUCUGGCCUGUGCUCACCGCUGGAAGAAUGUGUACUAUGAAUCAGAGUAUAUCCUCCCUCACGGAUACUGCUCCGUCAUUCCAGCCACACUGCAGGGCAAGUCACAGCCUCUCAUACCGUGUUAUGAAGACCAUAAGAAGACCUAUGGGGAAGAACAUGGCUCGUGCCAAGCCGGGAUCGCAGGCGUUUUCACUGAGGAGCUGGUUAUCAUGGGUGCGCCUGGUUCUUAUUACUGGACCGGAACAGUCAAAGUGUUUAACAUGACAUCCAAUACUCACUACAACCUUAAUCAAGACAACCUGAGUCCUCGCAGAUACAGUUACCUCGGGUAUGCUGUGACAGCUGGUCACUUCUCUUCCCCGAAUACCAUAGACGUGGCAGCUGGUGCUCCUCAAGACAGUGGUGUUGGAAAAGUUUACAUCUUCAGAAUUGAAGGAGCAUCUCUUGUGAAGACCUUUCAAGCCUCAGGGAAAAUGAUGGGCUCUUACUUUGGCUCCUCAUUGUGUGCAGUUGACCUAAACGCAGACGGACUGUCGGACUUGCUGGUGGGAGCACCCAUGCACAGCAAGAUCCGGGAUGAAGGCCAGGUUUCUGUUUACCUCAGCAGUGGCAAUGGAGUGAUGGAGGAAGUUGCUAUACUGAAUGGUGAUAAUGCAUACAAUGCUCAUUUUGGAGAGUGUAUCACAUCUCUUGGGGACAUUGAUGAAGAUGGCUACCAAGAUGUAGCUAUUGGAGCCCCCAAAGAGGAUGACUAUGGAGGAGCUGUCUACAUCUACCAUGGUGAUGCUACAGGAAUAGUUAACAAGUACUCAAUGAGAUUGUCUGGGCGAAGCAUCAACCCCACCCUCCAAAUGUUCGGCCAGUCAAUUUCCGGCAAUGUGGACAUGGAUGGAAAUGGAUAUCCAGAUGUGACGAUAGGGGCGUUCAUGGCUGACAGUGUGGUUUUGUUAAGAUCCAGGCCGGUGAUCUCUGUGGACGUCUCCAUCUUCUUGCCCGUCUCGAUAAACAUCACAGUACCGCAGUGUCACGAGGGCCCUCCGCAUCUCAACUGCUUCAACGUCACCGUCUGCAUGAGCUUUCGUGGAAAACAUGUACCUGGCCACAUAGAGUUGCUGUACAAUCUAACCGCAGAUUCAGAUAAGAGACACAAAGGUCUGCCGCCGCGGGUGUAUUUUGGAAACGGUGGAGAGCAGACAGUUGCUGUAAGUCAACGUUUCAGCCUGGAGAUCAACCGACAGCAGUGCCAUCAGUACACGUCCUUUGUGAGGAAAGGAGUGAAGGAUUUUUUUGUAACUCUAUCAGCAUGUGAAGGUGCAGGGCAGGAUGUGCCCUAUCUAGUGUAUCACGAUGUGUUAAAACAUUGGCCUGAAUCAGCGUCGCUGAGGAAGGGGAUGGGUGGGUGGACAAAUGGAAACCAUGUGAUAAAACUCAAGGGAAGAAAUUUUCGCUUUUCUGUCCUGGUGGUGCAGAUGAAAACGUGGUUUGAGAAGAACUGUCUGUCAGAGGACUGCGCAGCUGACCUGAGGCUUCAUGGGAAACUACUGCUUUCUGGGCGGUACAUCAGUUCUCAUCUGGCUCUUGGUGGAGUGAGAAAUGUGUCGUUAAAUUUAACCAUCUCUAAUGCUGGAGACGACGCCUACGACACCAACAUCUACUUCAACUUCUCCAGAGAGGUUCACUACAUCAACUUCUUACAAAGAGAAGAAAAGGGCAUUUCUUGUAUGCUGGUAGAGCUGGACUUCCUCAAGUGCAGCAUUGGAUUUCCUUUCAUGAGAGCGCAAACCAAGUACCAUCUAUCGGUGCUUUUCGACACAAGUCGUCUGUCUGGUGAAAAUGAGACACUGCUAUUUUUAGUUCAUGCUAGAAGUGCCAAUCCAGAACAUGAUAGCACACUUCAUGAUAACACAUUGGAGUUGUCCAUACCUCUGGUACAUGAGGUGGACACUGCAAUCACAGGCGUGGUCUCGCCUACGUCUUUUGUGUAUGGAAACUCAGUGGACCGAUCACGCUUCGUUAAGCUGGACGACAUGGAGUGCAGCUUUCAGCCGCUCAACUUCACCUUUCAGGUGAUAAACAAUGGACCCAGCAGACUUCCAGGCUCCACGGUGGACAUCAGGAUACCCAACCGUCUGGCUGGUAACGGAGCAGAUAUGUUCCAUAUCAUUGACACACAAGUAUCAGAAGGUCGAGGGAACUGCACAUGGCACAGGAACCCCAAACCCUGCACAAUCCCACAGGACAAGGAGAGCAUCUUCCACACCAUUUUUGCUUUCUUCACCAAAUCUGGCAGAAAAGUUGUGGACUGUGACCGGCCUGGCAGAGCAUGUCUAACUAUUUCCUGCAGUCUGAGCUCUCAGGCUAAAGAAGAAGCCACGAGUAUAGAUGUGCGAAUGCUACUAAACACUGAAAUACUACAGAGGGACAGCUCCUCUGUGAUCCAGUUUGUGACACGAGGUCACGUCCAGCUGGACAACAGGGCCGUGGAGGUCUCAACCGGACUUCCAGAGGAGAUUUCUCUGGUGUUUGAGGCCCUUCACAGUCAGGAGCCCAGGGGUUACAUUGUGGGAUGGAUCAUCGCCAUCAGCCUCCUCGUGGGAAUCCUCAUCUUCCUGCUGCUGGCGGUGCUGCUCUGGAAGAUGGGAUUCUUCAGGAGGCAUUACAGAGAGAUCAUAGAGGCCGAAAAGAACAGGAAGGACAGCGAUGAAAGCUGGGAUUGGGUCCAGAAGAGCCAAUGAAUGCUUGGACUGGGUUCAGAAAAUCCAAUAAGCUGCUACCUUCACCACGGCAAGACCCAGACCCUCCAGCCUUCCAUAUGUGGAAGAAAAGAAUAUUCUCCAGAUUUUUCGGAGGUUUGACACUUUUUUUGUAGUUGAUGGUGAUCUAGCUGAUGUUGGAGGUGACCGUGUGGCCUGCCAGAAGAGACUCGCAGUGGAAUUCCACUGAUCCCAAUCGGACAGGCCUCUUGCCAGUGGGUCUGAAGAGACGGAAAGAGAGA